AUGUCGCUGAACAGCCAUAUCCUUCCCAAAUCCAACAAUACAAAGAAUGGAGAAGAGCUGGUUCAAAGCGCGAGGACUACUGCUGCAUUUGUCGUGAGUCCGAACGUCUUGAAAAUUGUCAUACCUGCAGGCUCGCAUUUCAUCACGAAUGCUUACCCUCCGGCUGCGUAUAUAAUUCUUAUGAUCGCCUUUUUUGUUCGAUAUGCGUCCAUCGAGGCUGGGACAAAGCACCUCCAUCUAGAACCCCAACGAGAGGGACUUGAGACCCAAUCCGCCCCAGAAGAAUCCGAACCUAGCGCCAUUGAUAAAAAUACAGGUCACGAAGUAACAGACCUUGGCCCUGCUGUCCAAACCGCUACGGAGGGCUCUCAACCCACUCGACGCCAACGAAAAUCGCGGUAUAGCACGCUCCCAAGUAAUGUGGACGCAUCGCUUGCUGUUCUUUAUCAGGAACUCGAAUCAGUCGCGAUGCUUCGAGCGGAAAUCGAGAAGCUGCGCACCCAAAACACCCAGUACGCCCAAACCAUCAAAAUUCAGGAACAAAACCAAAUAGCGCUGCGAAGAGAUCUGGGAGCAUUGCGAGAAAAUGUCACCAACUCUGAAAGUACCACCAAGGAAAUUCGUGAGCUUCGAGAAAGAAAUGCAGCUUUAGAGGCUGAACUCCUGGUUUCAAAAGAGCAGACAGCUGCGGCAAAGGAACUAAAGGAAAGACUAGCGCAGUUGCUCAACACCUAA